AUGGCGACAGCUCCACAGCCUCGUCCUCUCCCUUCCACCUCAGGCGCACACAGAACCGUCAUCACAGUUUCCGUCAUUGUAGCCAUCCUCGGACUCAUCGUCUUCUCGGCUAUCUGGGUGAGACGCCACAGUCCAAUCCAAAGCCUCGAUGAGCGACAGCUACUGGUUGAACUGCAACGCUCCGGGUUGCGGCGACGUCGACGACACCAAGAAACACAACGAGACAAGGGUAUCGACAUUGGCCUGCUCCAAACCAUACCAAUUGUCAGAUACGAUGGUGAUUCUGGCCAACUGCGGCGGGCCAAGAGCUUGGACUUGGAACGGGGACACCUUUACAGGGAUGCUCUGGGCUGGUCUUUGGAGCAGAGCCAACGAAACAUCAAAGAAAUGUAUGCAGAAAUGGUUGCGACCGACAAUCCUGAUGCCAGAAAAUUGAAAGACAAGAUCCCAAGAAAACCUGGCUCUGAAGCCGAGGAGCCGGACUGUCCUAUCUGCGCACAAGCAUUUGUGAAGAAUGAAAUUCUUCGGAUUCUUCCCUGCGGCCAUAGACACCAUCAGAGAUGUGUUGACCGGUGGCUGCUAGGAUACAGCGGGACAUGUCCUGUAUGGUAA